AUGUGGAUGGCGUGGUUUGUGGCUGUUCUGUUUGCUGCAAGUGUGUGUGUUGUCCACACACAACAACCCAAGACAAACACGGUCCUCAGAGUUACCAAAGAUGUGCUGAGCAAUGCCAUCUCCGGCACGAUGCAGCAGAGCGAUGCUUUCCGCGCGGCCCUGAGGGAGGUCCCCAUGGGUGUUGGUGGUGUACCUUACAACGACUUCCAUAUUCGAGAACCUCCCCCCAGAUAUACCAAUGGCAGACAGCUCGGUGGUAAUUACAAAUACGGUCACAUUGAGGCCAACGACAACAAGGCCCAGCUGGGGGGCAAAUACCGCUACGGGGAGAUCCUGGAGUCCGAUGGCAGCAUCCGGGACCUCCGGGGUGACCAGGACUACCGCUAUGCCCAGAACGCCUAUGGCGGCCGCAGGGACUACGGGCGGUACAGGUCCGCGGAGGGCCCCAGGCGUCGCCGGCGAGACCUGCGGCAACAGCUGCGGCCCGGGGAGCUCCCGCCCGGUGUGGCCACCGGAGCGCUGGGCCCUGGAGGCUUGCUAGGCACCGGGGGCAUGCUGGCCACAGAUGGCAUCCUGUCGGGCCAAGGCGGUCUGCUGGGCGGAGGCGGCCUUCUGGGCGAUGGAGGACUUCUCGGAGGAGGGGGUGUUCUCGGGGUGCUCGGCGAAGGCGGCAUCCUGAGCACUGUGCAGGGAAUUACCGGGCUGCGCAUCGUGGAGCUGACCCUGCCUCGGGUGUCUGUGCGGCUCCUGCCUGGCGUGGGUGUCUACCUGAGUCUGUAUACCCGUGUGGCCAUCAAUGGGAAGAGUCUCAUUGGCUUCCUGGACAUCGCAGUGGAGGUGAACAUCACAGCCAAGGUCCGGCUGACCAUGGACCGCGCGGGCUACCCGAGGCUGGUCAUCGAGCGCUGCGACACCCUGCUGGGGGGUAUCAAGGUCAAGCUUCUACGGGGCCUUCUCCCCAACCUCGUGGACAACCUUGUCAACCGAGUCCUGGCCAACGUCCUCCCUGACCUGCUCUGCCCCAUCGUGGACGUGGUGCUGGGGCUUGUCAACGACCAGCUGGGUCUUGUGGACUCUCUGGUUCCGCUGGGGAUCUUGGGGAGCGUGCAGUACACCUUCUCCAGCCUCCCGCUGGUGACCGGGGAAUUCCUGGAGCUGGACCUCAACACUCUGGUGGGGGAGGCGGGAGGCGAGCUCAUCGACUACCCCCUGGGCCGGCCAGCUGUGUCCAACCGGCCAAUGAUGCCAGAGCUGCCCCCAAUGGGCGACAACACCAACUCCCAGCUGGCCAUCUCUGCCAACUUCCUGGGCUCCGUGUUGACCAUGCUGCAGAAGCAGGGUGCCCUGGACAUCGACAUCACGGAUGGGAUGUUUGAAGAGCUCCCUCCACUCACCACAUCCACGCUGGGGGCCCUGAUUCCCAAGGUGUUCCAGCAAUACCCCGAGUCCUGCCCACUCACCAUCAGGAUCCAGGUGCCCAACCCACCGUCGGUGACGCUACAGAAGGACAAGGCGCUGGUGCAGGUGUUUGCCACUUCUGAGGUCAUAGUUUCCCAGCCCAACGACGUGGAGACCACCAUCUGCCUCAUUGAUGUGAAUACAGACCUCUUGGCUUCAUUUUCUGUGGAAGGGGACAAGCUCAAGAUCGAUGCCAAGCUGGACAAGACAGACCUCAACCUCAGAACCUCAAAUGUGGGCAACUUUGACGUGUUCAUCAUGGAAAGACUGGUGGGGAAGAUUUUUGACCUGGCCUUUAUGCCUGCGAUGAAUGCUGUGCUGGGUUCUGGGGUCCCUCUCCCCAAAAUCCUCAACAUUGACUUCAGCAACGCUGACAUUGACGUCUUGGAGGACCUUCUGGUGCUGAGUGCUUGA